AUGCCGGCAUCUACACUUGAUUCUGUUAGCAUGGCUCUUUGCACAGCCUUAAAUAAUGAAAACAAUUUCGGAAAUUUGUUGGAUAUUCAAAUGGGAAGUUCUAUUAAAAAAGCAUUGUUAUCAAACAUUGAAUUUGAAUCAGCUGGUAGCUAUCAAACUACUGUACUUGAGCGGUUAAAAUCGAAAUACAUAGUUCUAAAAAGCUUGGAAACACCAAAAGCAAGUGACUCAGACUUUAUUGCAACGUCUAAUGAAUAUUCAAUUAACAUCAACAAGCAAAUAGCGCGAUAUUUUUAUGCCACAACUACGCCGUUCAACCACGCUGAACACUCUGAGUUUAAAAAAAUGUGUUCUUUAUUACGCCCUGGUUGUAAAGGCUCCUCUGCAAAGCAAAUUGGUGGAUCUAUUUUAGAUGCUGUGUACAAAGAAAUACAGAGUGCAGAAAAGAAUUUAAAAAUUCCACAGUGUGCAUGUCAAUGGGUGGUUAAGGCAAUAUUCACAAUAAACCACCCGAGCGAAAUUCUGAAUCCGAUUUACGUUAGGGUGAUAUCUGAAUCGUAUCCGCGAACAUCAGCUGACGUACACGAAACGGACAUCAGGCUGACAAUUCCAUGUAACGCUUGGUUGAUAUUUAUUGCAGAUGUCAGUGUAAUGUUCUGUCUGGAAUAUUAG